AUAAAUAUAAAAAAAUCUUAAUAGUAAGAGAAGAUCUUAUUUUAAUUUAAUUAUUUUUGUUGUAUAAUUACGGUGGGAUUUAUUUUAAAGUGGUAAUAGUUUUACAUUAAGAAAAACGAGAAUGGUAAUUUUUUUAAAAAUUUUUUAAUUUUCUAUUUCUACAAUCUCUCUCUUGUCCUUGUGCAUGUUUCUGUGUUCUGUUUUUGUGUACGGCAACUCACUUCGACUUCCAUGGCCAAGGCCAAAGCUCCCAGGAGAACUCUAGAGUCCUAUACAGUGAAGCCCAUCAACAAAACAAUUAAACCGGGAGACUGCGUGUUGAUGCGGCCGUCGGAUCCGAGGAAACCGUCGUACGUGGCGAAAAUCGAGAGGAUCGAAGCGGACGCGCGUGGUGCCAACGUUAAGGUACAUGUACGGUGGUAUUACCGGCCGGAAGAGUCUAUCGGAGGGAGGAGGCAGUUUCACGGAUCUAAAGAGGUGUUUUUGUCUGAUCAUUAUGAUGUGCAAAGUGCCGAUACGAUCGAAGGAAAGUGUACCGUGCACAGCUUCAAGAGCUAUACGAAGUUGGAUGCAGUUGGAAAUGAAGAUUUCUUCUGUCGUUUUGAGUACAAUUCUACCACCGGUGCUUUCAAUCCGGAUCGCGUUGCUGUGUAUUGCAAGUGUGAGAUGCCUUACAACCCUGAUGACCUUAUGGUUCAGUGUGAAGGCUGCAGUGAUUGGUUUCAUCCUGCUUGUUUAGAAAUGACUGCUGAGGAGGCUAAAAAACUUGAACACUUCUUCUGUGAAAGUUGUUCAUCUGAAAGUCAGAAGUUGCAGAACUCCCUUAAUGCUUCCAGACUCUCAGAUACAAAGGUGGACACAAAGCGACGUCGGAGGUGACAAAGCAUGUGAGCUUAGCAUAUUGAAGUGGAGUAGCAAUCAAGAAACUUGAGGUUCUUCUGUUUUUAGUUCUGGUUAGCCUUCAAGCGAACACAGAGUCGAAUGAAUAUAUCUGGCAUCAUAAUCUGUGUACAAUUUGUGAGUCUAUGGUUGACAGUAACUGGUUUUGAAACCUGUCAUGUUUAUAUAGUUUGGGGGUCUUAGUUAUCCGGUUAUCCUCGACUAAAGUCAAGGAUGUGUUCCAGUUGUCCUUAAUCAUGUAAUAUAGAUCCGUCCCAGGUUAGCAAUGAUAAACUAGGUUGUGUAUAAUCCGAACUAUUUUUAACUUUGAAAGAGCAAUAGAUACUGGGAUCUUGGAUGACAUCCACUAUAUAUAUAUUUGUUAGCAUGUAGUCCGAGGGAUGUACUUUAUUUAUGUGAGAGAGAAAGAGGUGUGUGAUAAUUGAUAAUUGCAGAAUAUUGGUGCGUUUGCUGUCUUAUAAUUAUUGUUCAUCGUUUCUUCUUCCCUGCUCAACUAAUCGUCCCAAUAAAAUAAAUAAAUAAAU